CGACGACUAGUACACGAUUCCAGGGAGGACUGUCAUUGGUCCCUCCUUCCAUUCGUCGUUCUAUGGCCGCCGACAUCAAGGCAUCGAACCCCGCCUCUAUUGUGCAGAGCAUCCUUAUUCCUGGCAACAAAUCACCUUCCAAAUCU